UACUUCUUAAAGGUUAAAUCAUCUAUUGUGGACCGACACUGACGCAAUACAAAAAUUCGUGUGGGGACAAAAGACGUCCUAUCCACUCACAGUCAAACCGCGACUUUUAGUUAAUAUAGAAGUUUGGUUGUGUUAAUUACGGUUAAUCAAAAUACAAUUGAUUUAGAAAAGCAAAUAGAACAAUUACUUCAAAAGUAUCACGGUAUUAAUGAAUUGGAAUUUAAAUAAAAUGGCUAUGCUUAAAAGAUGCACAGAAGAAGAUAUAUCUGUAUUACUUGAAACAAGUUCGGACUCAAAUAUUUAUGAAUUUAAUGAAACUUAUAUAUCAAAAAAAAUAUAGAUAAUGAUUCUCUUGAUUUUGACACUUCUGAUAACAAUAAAAGUUUAUUAUUACGAACUGAUGUAUUACAAAAGAAACAAACUUCUCUACGUUUAAAGUUAAGACGUUCUACAGAACAAAGUGUAUAUAAAAUUGAUACUGAAUCAGAAGAUAAAAGACCUAAGAGAUUAACUAGAAGUAUGAAAUUAAAAAACUUGCAAGAUGAAAAUCAAAUGUCACAUAAAGGUGCAAGAGCUAUAAAAUUACCUAAAAGAUAUUCAGAUUAUGAAUGUGAUUCUUAUAAAUCAGAAGUAUCUAUUUUACAAAGAGAUCAGAUGAAUUAUAAUGAAGAGGAAUUAUUUUUUGAUUCUUUAAAUACUAUUGAUAAAAGAAAACAAGAAAUUAACAAACAUGCAAUACAGAUUGAUGAUGAUUCAAAUUGUAUUUGUAUUAAUUUUAUUCCAAAAUCACCAUCCACAAGUACAUCAAAAAUUAAAAAGCAGAAUUAUGUUUAUUCCAUAGAAGAUAUCAACAGAGGUAAUGCUACUCCUAAAAUUCAUAGAACUAAAUUCUCAAGAUAUACAUUAAUAGGAGAAGAAUUAAAAAAAGAUAAUGUUGAUAAAAUAUCACCAAAAAGAGCAUAUCCCAAAGAUACAACACAAAAUAUUUCAUUGGAUAAUACUUCGAAAAAAUCAAGAAUUGAUUGUAAAAGUAUUUUAACUAUAUCUAAUAAAGAUGAAUCAAUGAUAUACAAAGUUGGAAAGAGCAAAAUUGAUAGGAUUAAAAUUACAGGUCAAGUUGAUAAAGAUCUGUCCAUGAAAACUAGUCAAAAAAAUAAUACAAAUAAUAAAAAGAAUAUUAUCAAAUCAUUAGUAAUGCAGAAUGGUUUAAAUAUUCAACGUACAUCAUUCAAGCGAAAUAUUUUGACACCAACUAUGAAAAUGAGAACUAAUAUCCCAGCUAAAUCAGUUACAUUAUUACAAGAAGUCAGAACUAAAUUACAUGUUAGUGCAGUACCAAAAUCACUACCUUGCAGGGAAGAACAAUUUAAUAAUAUUUAUACAUUUGUAGAAAGCAAAUUAAUGGAUAAAAUGGAGGAUGUAUCUAUAUAAGUGGUGUCCCAGGUACAGGAAAAACUGCUACUGUAAAUGAAAUUGUGAAAUGUCUAAAAAGAUCUGUAGAAAAGGGUCAAUUAGAUUAUUUUGAUUUUAUUGAGAUUAAUGGUAUGAAAUUAUCUGACCCUAGGCA